AUGUCGUCCAUCCACAUUCCAGUUUUGAUUGUUGGAGGUGGUAUAGUCGGGCUCUCAGCUUCUCUUUUUCUCUCCAGCCAUGGUGUCGAGUCGCUUUUGGUCGAGCGCCAUGCGAGCACCUCUAUCCAUCCACGAGCCCGUGGACUCAACCGCCGAACAAUGGAGCUGUACCGCGAGCUAGGGAUCGACGAGGCUGUUCGGGCCGCAGGCGCAUCUCUGGCGCCUAGCUGGGGCAUCUAUCAUGGCUCGUCCAUUGUCGAAGUUGUCGAAGGCCUUACCCGCAAAGAAAGGUCGGAGCCGCGCAAAUUGCCAGGGGCGGCAUUCUCCAGCUCUCUUGGCCCAGUCGAGGGAAUCCGGGGAACACAAGACAUGAUCGAGCCCGUUCUACUAACAGCUGCUCGUGAUCGGGGAGGCGACCUGCGAUUCAACACCGAAUGCCUGACCCUCGAGCAGGACGCCAAUGGCGUAUCUGCAACGUUGCGCGACCGGUCAAGGAAUGUCGAACUUACCGUUCAUGCAGCGUACGUGAUUGCUGCUGAUGGGGCUGGCAGUCCAGUUCGGCGACAGCUUGGUGUCCAGACCACCGGGGCUGGGACACUGGGACAUCUCUUGAACAUCCUGUUUGAAGCCGAUCUCGGCGAGCUAGUACGGGGUCGUGAGAUCAGCAUGUGCUCAGUUGACCGACCAGAAGUGAGGGGUUUGUUUACGGCCAUCAAUAAUCGCGAACGAUGGGUGUUCCACCUUGCCUAUGAUUCCCAAAAGGGGCAAAGGAUUGAAGACUUCCCCCCCGAUCGCUGCCAGGAGCUGAUCAAAAUUGCUCUUGGCUUGCCCGACGUUGAACUUGAGAUCAAAAGUAUUCUGCCCUGGGAACCGACUGUACGGGUUGCAGAGACAUUCCAACACGGACGGGUGUUUCUUGCUGGAGAUGCAGCCCACCAAAUGCCACCUUGGGGCGGGCAAGGCGCAACCACCGGCAUCGCAGAUGUUCACAAUCUAGCCUGGAAGCUGGCAGCAGUCCUACACGGACAAGCAACAGCCUCACUGCUAGGAACUUACGAUGCUGAACGGCAUCCUAUCGGGCGUCUUGUUGCUGAGGAAUCAGGCGCCGCAUCCGACAAGUAUGGCUUGUUCUCCAUGCAGAAAAACAUCCCAGCAAUACUGGGCUUGGUCCGUCGACUACCAAGGCUCCCAGGAUAUGGCUAUGUCUAUGCCUCCGAGGCAGUCUGGACGGAGGAUACUACACCUCUGUUAUGGAGGAUGACGCGACUACUGCCAUCUGUGUCCCAGGUUCUCGGCCUGUGCGGAUCAGCCGGGUCUCGCAGUCCACACAUCUGGGUAGAGCACCAGGGCCGUCGGGUGUCCACGCUUGAUUUGCUCGGGAAGAGGUUUGUGAUUAUUGCGGGAGCGGAUGGAAAUGGGUGGUGUGAGGCUGCCCCGAGGGUAGCUUCGUAUCUGGCUCUUGACAUCGUGGCGUACUGUGCCGGACCUGCUUGCGAACUGGUGGCGCCCGAGGGUGCCUGGGAGUCGGCGGCUGGUAUCUCUAUCAGAGGAGCAACGUUGAUUCGCCCCGAUGGAUUUGUUGCCUGGCGUGCGUGGGGCAUUCCUCCGGAUAUUGACCAAAAGCUCGAAGAUGUGUUGAAGCAUGUGCUUUGCAGGUAA